UCAAUUCCUCCAUCCCACAUCUCUCUCUAUCUCUCACCCUUUCUCACUCUCUCUCAGAGCUUUCUACAGUCACAAAAAUGGCGUCCAACACAUUGAUGAGCUGCGGCGUAGCUGCCGUGUGCCCGUCAGUGUUGUCAUCUUCCAAGUCUAAAUUUGCUGCCAGUCUACCACUUCCAAUGGCUACAACCAGCUCCCGCCUUACCAUGACCGCUGAAUGGAUGCCUGGUCAACCUAGACCGCCUUAUCUAGAUGGAUCAGCACCUGGUGACUUUGGUUUUGAUCCACUUAGACUUGGUGAAGUUCCUGAGAAUCUGGAGAGAUUUAAAGAGUCUGAACUUAUUCAUUGCAGAUGGGCUAUGCUUGCUGUUCCAGGGGUUUUGGUGCCUGAAGCCUUAGGGCUAGGCAACUGGGUGAAGGCUCAAGAAUGGGCAGCCAUUCCCGGAGGACAAGCAACCUACCUUGGGAACCCUGUCCCAUGGGGAACUCUACCCACCAUUCUCGCGAUUGAGUUCGUUGCGAUAGCAUUCGUCGAACAUCAAAGGAGUAUGGAGAAGGAUCCCGAGAAGAAGAAGUACCCUGGUGGUGCUUUCGACCCAUUGGGCUACUCUAAAGACCCCGUCAAAUUCGCUGAGUACAAGGUCAAAGAAGUUAAAAACGGACGGUUGGCUUUGUUGGCAGUUGUGGGAUUUGCUGUACAACAAUCGGCUUACCCUGGAACCGGGCCAUUGGAAAACUUGGCUACACAUUUGGCUGACCCAUGGCACAGAAACAUUGGAGACGUUCUCAUCCCCAAGUAAAUUCUCCAUGAAAGAAUUGUAUAAUUAUUAUUAUUAUUUUUUUGUUAUAUCAAAUCAUAUGAUCAUGCCCAAUAUAAACCUCCAUUCUUCACUCCCAUGUAAACUAUUUCAUUGUGUCUAAGAGUGAAAUAUGAAGAUGUUUGAUCUGUGUAGAGCUCAA